AUGGCCACCCCUGGCGAGAAACAGGAGAUGGAGGAGGUCCUUGAUGUACCUGCCUCUUCUUCCACCACCCUCCCUGUCACUGGCAAACAGGAAUAUUCCGAGGCUGACCGCAAGGUCGCUAUUCCUAUCAAGGACGAGGAUCAGUCCUCCGUCGCUCCCUCCGACGUCGCUUCGUCGGCUGCCCCCGACGUUGUCGUCUACCACAAGCCCCCUACCAAGCAGUUCGUCCUCAUCAUGAUCGCAUUAUCACUUUGUGUUUUCCUCGCCUCGCUCGACCAGAUCAUCGUCGCCACAUCACUCCCAAAGAUCUCGGAAGAGUUCCAGUCCCUGGGCGACAUCUCAUGGCUCGGAACUGCUUACAUGAUGACUGCCACGGCCUUCCAGCCCCUCUACGGAAAGGUCUCGGAUAUCUUUGGUCGCAAGGGUACUAUUCUGUUCGCUAAUGUCAUCUUUAUGGUCGGAUCUGCUGUCGCUGGAUGGGCAAAAUCUAUGACAGUCUUGAUCGUUGGAAGAGGUGUUGCAGGCGUUGGAGCAGGUGGAUUGAUGGCGAUGGUGUUUAUUAUUCUGUCGGACAUGCUGGAUAUGCGUGAGCGCGGCAAAUACCUCGGAUUCAUUGGAGCCAUCUUCUCAUUCUCGUCCGUCGUCGGUCCACUCUUGGGAGGCGCAUUCGCAGACCACGCAACUUGGAGGUGGUCAUUCUGGAUCAACUUGCCUUUCGGUGCCAUCUCGGUCAUCUUCAUCUCCCUCAACCUCAACCUCCCCACCCCCAAGGGCUCAUUCAAGGACAAGAUCAAGCGUAUUGAUUUCAUCGGAUCAGCUCUCUUGCUCGCCGCCGUCGUCCUCAUCCUCUUGCCUCUCUCCUGGGGUGGUCAAAAGUACGCUUGGAACGACGGUAUCGUCAUUGGCUUGCUCUGCGCUGGUUUCGCUGUUGCUGCGAUCUUUGUCUUUGUCGAGUGGAAGUUUGCCAAGGAGCCCAUUCUCCCCAUCCACCUCUUUAAGGUCCGCAACCUCUGGUCGACCUACGGCUCGCUCUUUUUCAGUGGCAUGUCCUUCUUUGGAAUCCUCUUCUACUUGCCCAUUUACUUCCAGGUCGUUAAGCGCGAGUCUGCUACUAUCGGAGGACUGGAGACUGUCCCUUUUGUCAUUGGAAUCGUCAUAACCUCGAUCUCGUCUGGAAUCUGGGUCCUGAAGAAGGGCACCUUCCAUCUCUUCCCUGCCAUCGGCAACCUAUUCUUCAUUGCCGGCUCUGCUCUUUGUAUCCUCUUCAAGGUCGAUACCCCCCGUGUGGUGACCAUCUUUGUCCUCCUCGUUUGCGGUCUCGGCAUGGGCUUCACCAUGCAGGCCUCUACCUUGGCCGUCCAGGCUGCUGUCAAGCCCAAGUACAUGGCCACCGUCACGACCUCGGUCCAGUUUGUCCGUAGUUUGGGUCAGGUCUUUGGAGUUGCCAUUGUUGGAACCGUCUUCAACAACAAGCUGACCGAGACCUUGUCGGGCAACUUCCCCAACGACCACAGAGUCGACAUUGUCACCCAGAGAACCGAGUUCGGUCUCACUCUCUUCAAUCCUGCCGAGCAGCGGGUUAUCUUUGAGAGCUUUGUCGAUGCGCUUCGCUAUGUCUUCUACUGCAGUGUUGCCUUCUGUACCUUGGCUUUCAUCAUGAGUACCUUUAUCCAGCACAAGGUCCUCAAGACCAACGCCAACCAAGGCAAGCCUGAGCUCACUCCCGAGAUGGUAUAA